ACUGUGUCGCGUGAGUAACCCGGCCCGGUGUGGGGACGCCAGGUGGCGAGACGUCACGAGACCUUACCCGCCUCAGAAGUCUCACUACUGGGGGACCCUGGUAGCGAACUUACGAUGAAAUCAGCAGACUGCUGGAUAUUGAGUUUGUUGGUAAUCUUGGUUUUACUGUGGAUUUCUGGCACCGACUCCCAUACCUUUACUGAGCGCCAACAUGAAAAUGGCAGACGAAAUGAAGUGAUUAAAGUUCAGAAAAGAGGAUAUUAUUGGUGCUGGAAACAUUGUUCCAGAUUGGCAAACUGCAUAUAUUUAGUAGGAGGUACCCAUUGCAGAUGUAAGCAGGGAUUUACAGGGAACGGUUAUACAUGUACAGAUAUUGACGAAUGCUACAAGAGAACAGCAAAUUGUGAUGCACGUGAAUUCUGCACCAACACAUUCGGCUCUUAUAAAUGUUCAUGUAAAACAGGAUUUGAAAGAAACGAAGAAACCGGGAAAUGUGACGAUAUCAACGAAUGUGAAAGGCGAACCGAUAACUGCAACAAAACCUACACCUAUUGCAAAAACACUAUUGGAUUAUACUCCUGCUCAUGUAAGACCGGCUUUGAACCGUGGAGCAAUGAUUGUAGAAAUAUCAACGAAUGUCUGAGAAAUACUCACGUAUGUUCUGCACACGCCUCAUGCACAGACACGUGGGGUUCAUACACCUGCUCGUGUAGGACUGGCUUUGAAGGAAAUGGUAGAAUUUGCAAUGUCAGAAACAGAUAAAUUACGAACACGAAAACCAAAACAUCACCCCCAGACAACGUGUACAAAUGUCAACGGAUCACUUUACUGUAUGUGUUUAACUUUGGAUAUAAAGGAAAUGGGCACACCUGCAAAGGUGUUUUAUUUUGAUAAUGUUUUUGGUGUGUUAUUACAUCAAUAUCAAUACUUGUGUUACUUGUCUUUCAAUUUAAGAACAAUUAACGACGGGACCAUUAUGUUAGAUAUAUUCAUCAAUUUUCUAGAUGUACACAAAUGCGAUAUUGGAACCCACAGUUGACACAAUCAGGCGACAUGUACAAACAGCAUUCGCUCAUUCAACUGUCAUUUACAAGACAAUGAGUAUCGUACCUUAGACAUAAGCUUGAUUUUCUUAAUGAGGAAAUAUCUUUUUAAACAAACAAAAAACCGCUGUGUGACUUACUUGGUUAUAGGAAGAAACCGGCAAGCUAAUAAUUAAACAUGGAGUUUCUAACACGUGUCCAUCACUAAAAGUGGUCUCCAAUAUAGAUUCUCAUUUCACAACGUUCUCUUUUAAACUAUUUUUACUUCUUUUUUUCCUCUCCGAACGCGUUAUCCCAUUGCCAACGGACCGAUCACGUUUUCGCGUUGACAUCUUGAGUACGUUUUAACAAUAGCUUGUCACAUCACAUGCUUUGGAAUAUUUCAAGGGUGGGUGUUUAUUAGCCGACUCGACUACAAACAAAUUAAUUCAAAUUUACAUUUAAUACUUUUAAAUGCGUUUCAUUAAAACUGUAUAAUUUGCAGAAAAUUAAAACUGUUGUAGCUUAAUUGAAAAACGCAAACAUUUCUUUCUUUUAUAAUUUUUAUUUCAAAUGGUAUAUACACCUUUAAUCUAAGGUAUGUAUGGAUGAUCUCCAAUCUUCAGCAAUGUCCUUCGAUAACUCUAAAUAAUCCGGAAUUGUUUUAUUUGUACAAUAAAUCUGCCUUUUACAUUUUUCAUAGAAAAAUAUUAAUUAGUCUUCUAAUGUUAAUAGUUUAAAUAACCAUAUAAUUAUAUAUUUGUCUAAAUGGGUCUAUGGAGAUCUAUAUCUUGUAACUGCCUAUAGGAAAGGGGUUAGAACCAAUGAUGUACCUGUACAAACAUUUCUUUUAAUUUUAUCCCAGCUGGUAUAAAUAUUAAAUUGUUUGUAUAUUUCAUCAUUCAUGUAUGGCAAAUCUGUAAUAACUUUGUCAAAUUCAUGGAUACUAUAAUAAAUUUCUUUUUUAUGUCAUUUUAUUUAUAAAGUUGGAAGGACGAAUAACAAUUAUAUGAUAAAAAAAUUAUUCAUGGUUGAGGAUCGGAAAACCUGAACAUAUAGGAUAAUAUUAAAUUUUCAAAUCUAAAACAUUAGGUUUUUAUCUUUACUAAAAAAAAUAUGGCUUUACAAAUCUGUUAAUACUUGUUGAGGUAAAUAUUAUGCUUAACUUGUAGACCAUCUUACCUCAUUAAGAAAAUUUAAUAACAUAAGAUUCAAUACUUGUAUAACAUGCGCUACAUGAAGCCCUGCUGAAUUGGAUUUCAAUAAAAAAAAAACCACACAACUAAUAAAACAAACCAUUUAUU